AACAAAGCAAAGUACCGUUUGGACUGUAAUAGAGCGCGUGUGUUUGUUCUUGAAUGUAUGUGUGUGAUUUUGCAUAAAAAAUUGUGUAUAAUUUGAAUUUAAAUUUAUUACAUGCAAGAUCAAAUGUAUAUUUAACAUAAAAUAGUAAAGUAGCAAAGUCCACAAAAUAACAGCAAAGAUGUGCAGCUGAUGGGAAAAACCUACCACUUUUAAACUAGUGCGUGGGAAAAAUCGAUCCACUAACUGUUUGCAAAGAACAUGAAAAAUGUUGGCUUAAACGAGAGACUCUGACAAAAACAACAACAACAAUUUCACUGUGAUACAUUUUUGCAGUACAAAUUAGUUAAAAGAAAAACUUAGCAUAGAAAUAAAGAACCAAACGACAACUCCAACUGUACACUUAUUUUUCAAAGUGCAAUAAAACAAUUUUCGCCAAGAUUCUCAAGUAACUAAUUCAUCUCGAAACAUUCCUGCGCAACAUAAAAACAACAAAAUGGCUGUAACAAUGUACUAGGCCAGCCCUCACAAUGUCUGUCCCUGUACGCUACUCUGCUGCCGCCGAAUACGCCGUCGUUGAUAGUGGUUUGGAUAAUACUCUAACCCAAGAAGAGCAAUACCACCAACAACAACAGCAGCAGCAGCAGCAACUGCAGCAACAAUUCGAACAGCAGCAAUACGCGCAAUACCAACAGCAAUACGAACAGGAGCGGGAGCAGGAGGAGGCUCUUUUGUAUUGCCAAUUGCAGCAGCAGCUGGUGGAGGCGGAGCAGCAGGCGUUGCGGCAGCAGCAGCAGCAGUUGAUGCAGCAGCGGUCAUCGAUGUUGAUGUCCUCAACGGCUAUGCCAGCACUUGAUUUGCCCAACAACAAUAUAAAUACCAACGUCGCCAGCAUCAAUAACUACAACAACAACAACGUUAACAACAUGGAUGCAAUUAGCAUCAAUGCUAUCCUGGUCGAUGAUGAGCAACCAUCAACAUCGGCUCAGGCAGCGGCGGCUAUUUUAAGGGUUAAAUCAAUGGGCAAUGGCAUCGACGGGGGGGAUCAGAAUGCAGAGAUGCCAACUGAUUGGAUGAGGAUUGCGGACGAGGGCCGGUAUGGGACACCGGGUGCUGCUGGCUUGGAAUAUCAAAAGUACGAACAACAAACACUGGAAACUGAAGCUGGAGCCGCAGGAGCUGGAGCAGUUGGAGCCGAGCCAACAGCGCUUAAAAAACUAGAGGAUCAAUUGCAUGCGCUUAGCUCGGAUGAACUGUAUGAGACCCUAAAAGAGUACGAUGUACUGCAGGAUAAAUAUCAUACAGUAUUGUUGCUGCCCAAGGAGUCGAGGCGCGAGGUUACCGCCGGCGGACGUGAUGGAUCAGCGUAUGUGUUGCGUUGUCUGAAGAUGUGGUACGAGCUGCCGUCAGAUGUGCUAUUCUCAGCCAUGAGCCUGGUGGAUCGCUUUCUGGAUCGCAUGGCUGUCAAGCCGAAGCAUAUGGCCUGCAUGAGCGUUGCCUCCUUCCAUUUGGCCAUCAAGCAACUGGACUUGAAGCCCAUACCCGCCGACGAUUUGGUAACAAUAUCUCAGUGUGGUUGUACCGCUGGCGAUCUGGAACGCAUGGCCGGGGUUAUUGCCAAUAAACUGGGCGUACAAAUGGGACAUGCGCCCAUCACAUCCGUUAGCUACCUGCGCAUCUAUUACGCACUCUUCCGCAAUUUGGCGAAGGAGAUUGGCGGUGAUUUCUUCAAAUUCUAUCAACAGCUCAUCAAACUGGAGGAGCUGGAGAAUCGUUUGGAGAUAUUGCUGUGCGAUGUCAAGACGACGGUCAUAACGCCGGCGACCUUGGCUCUAGUGCUCAUCUGCCUGCAUCUGGAUUUCCAUAUUAAAGAGUCGUACACACGCGGCAGUCCCGAACUGAAGCAUGUAUUUGAGUACAUACUCUUCCUGCAGCAAUACAUGAGGAUUCCUGAUCGCGUUUUCACCUGCGGUUUUAGCAUUGUAUCGGGCAUUCUGUCCCAUUACAAUGGACAGAAUAAGGCGCCCUACAAGCAGCGGCUUGUCUGGAAAUUAUCCAGUCGCACGCUGCGCGUCCUGCGCCCGAUCAAUCGCUUCUCAUCCGAUUUGCCCACCAUUGAGGAGGGUAUAUCGAAUGCCCUAGAUGAUGGCCUGCGCUCGAGAACCGAGAGUAUUAGCUCCGAGGAGGAGGAGGACUGGCCAACUUCACCCAUUAUUCCAAUUUUCGAACAAUGUUAGUAGCACCCAGCAGCAAAGCAGCAGCCCCCAAAAACAGGACAACAGGGGGAAGGGAUUGAAGCAGCAGCAGCAGGCAGGAAUCAUUAUCUAUGCGCACAGCAUCAGUAGCAACAGCAGCAGCAAAAGCAGCAGUAACAAAUUGUGGUAGCAGUAGAAAAGACAUAUCUACAGCUACAACAAGAACUGAGUAACUGCUCCACAAUUCGUGUGACUGGGCGUGUGCGUGUGUGCGAUGGGUGUGCGUGUGUGUAUAUAUUGCUAAAAAAAAACAAACAAAAUGAUGCAUCAUAAUUCGUUUAGCUUAUGCAUAUAUAUAUAUAUAUUAUUUACGCUGGUUCUACCAUUUAAGAAACUAUUGAAAAAUGCGAGGUCAGCCAGUCGUCAGCCCAGCCACAGCUUGAUUUGCUUUAGGCGAUAGGCAGAUUAUAAUUUUUCAAUUAACAUUUGCGGCAAGACAAAAACAAAAACGUUAAAAAAAAACACUAAUGAAAAGAAAAAAAAAAACAAAAAAAAAACUAUUAUAUAGAAAUGAUGCGGACCAUCAUACAAAAGAUUGAUGUCGUUCCGGACCAUUUUGAGAUCGGUGAAAGAAAACGAUAUGAAAAUUGAUUACGAACCCCGCCCACAAAAAGGGCACAGGCAUACGGAAUAUGACAGCAAUUUUUUGUUUAAACAAUUCAAAAACAAAAACAAAAAAAAAAACAAUCUACCACCCGCGCCACAAUUCAAAUUAGUUUUAAUAACUCUUUGUUCCAUGUUUGUUUUGUAAACACUUGAAAACUGGACCUAAAAAAACAAAAACCCCAAAAAAAAAUCAACAAAAAAUCUAAAAAAGUACAAAAAUUCAUUAAAUAUAGACAGACUAUUAAAAUAUAAGUUAAAUGUUCAAACCCAAAAAAAAAAAACACAGUUUAACCAUAAUUUUUGGCCGCGCUCAGAAUUCAAGAAACUAUGACUAAGAAAUCGUAACAGUUAUAAUAAUUAAAGAGAAUCAAAGCAAAGUAAACCCCCAAAAUUUGUAGUUGUGUGUGUAGUCGAACAUUUUUUUCUGCUCUAUAUAUACUAUAUAACAAAAAAGAAAAUUCUUGAAAGCGAUUUCAGUUUGCUGUCAAGUAGAAAAAAACACAAAAAAACAUUCUUCAUGAAUUUGUUAUUAUUUGUUUAACAACGACAAACAGCAAGAUAUUUUUUUUUUUGGGGGAACUUCGCGUCGAGUUCCCCUUUUCUGAAAAUGUAUUGAAAACAAUGCAAAAUACACAACAGUGAUCAAUUUUAUAUGGAUGCAUAUCUAGUUUUUUUUAAAUAUGCAUAUAUAUACACUUUAUAAAACACAUUUUUCAAUUUCUUUUUUGUUAUAUAAUUUAAUAACUAUUUAAUUUAUUUCAUACAAAAAACAAAAAAAAACACUUGUAAAAACGAAAACAAAAAUAUAAAACAAAAGAACCAUGCAUAUGUUGUACUAAAUAUACGAUAGAUAUUAUUAUAACAAAACUCCAACCAGCAAAAAAGAAAAAAAAAAACCCAACAAAAAAUCAAAAAAAUUAGCAACUAUAUCUAACAAUAUAUGUUCUACUUUUUUCUCAAUUGAAGCGCGGCGCUCUCUGAUUACAAAAUUAUGAUGCAUUAUAUAGUAAAAAGUAUAUAUAUAUAUACACGUAAACAACUACAAAGAAAUUAGGCUCUACUCUUGAGUUGAGCUAGAGCAAAAAACAUUUAAAAAGGAAAACAACAACUUUUGCAAGAACUACCCGCAGUAUGAAAAAAAGAAAAAAAAAACAAACAGAUUUUAAAUUUUCUCUUAGAAUUCUUUCUUUCAUUUUAACAAACAUUUAAAGCAACAAUGGCGAAUCGACAACAAGAAUCGGUCGAUUUCUUAAAAUUUUCUGUAAAUUUGAAUAAAAUGCGCGUGUCACUGUGCACAGUGGCACACAAAUUUCUGAUGAAAUAUUUGCAACAAA